AUGCCUGAAAGCGUGAAAGUGGAGACGAAAACAAGCAAAGAAGCUAGGACCGGCAAAGAAGAAGAUAAAAAUGAACUGGUUAGCAUUUCAUUUCUUCUCGUAGGAUUAACAUCAAAAUACGAUUUUUAAGAAUAGCAAUAGUACAAAAAGCGAAGAAGAAUGCAUCUGUUAUGACUCUGCUAUAGUUUAAUUAAAAUAUUCAUUUUAAAAAAAGGAAACGAUAUGAAUUUGAUGUUAAUCAUAACAUUUAUUUGUUUUGAUAUUUUUUAGUCUGAAGAGGAUAAGCUUCUGCAAGAGGAGUUAACUCACCUCGUUGAACGUUUGCAAGAUCCCAACACAAAUUUGCAUUAUCCAGCUUUGGAAUCUCUGCGCAAUCAUAUUCGUGCAUCCACGACGUCAAUGACCAGUGUUCCAAAACCUCUUAAAUUCAUGAGACCUCAUUAUGACACUAUGAAAUCUAUUUAUGAAAAGAUAACAGACGUCAAGUCCAAGGAAUUGUGUUCUGACGUCAUCUCUGUUCUUGCUAUGACAAUGGGCGAAGGUAGAGAAUGCCUCAAAUAUAGACUCACUGGAUCUGCUUUAGCCAUCGGAGAAUGGGGACAUGAAUAUGUUAGACAUCUAUCGGGGGAGUUAGCUGGUGAAUGGGACGAGGUAACGGAUGAUGCAGAAGCUACUAGUAAAAAACUAAUAGCCCUGGUACAUGAAAUUGUACCAUACAACAUGGCCCACAAUGCGGAAACAGAAGCUUGUGAUUUGCUUAUGGAAAUUGAGAGGUUAGAUCUGCUGGAACAAUACGUGGAUGAAAGUGCAUAUCAACGAGUUUGCUUGUACCUGACAAGCUGUGUGCCGUAUGUAGCAGAUCCAGAAAAUAAUACCCUACUUCAUUCCUCUGCCAAAUUAUAUAGGAAAUUUGGUCAGUAUCCUCAAGCUGUUAGGCUGGCGAUGCAGUUAAACGACUUACCACUUAUCGAAGAUAUGUUUACAAAUUGUACUGACCUCUCAGUGCAAAAGCAACUAGCAUUCAUGCUAGGUAGGCAACAGAUUUUCCUGGAACUUCCAGAAUCUACUCCAGAAUAUGACGACUUGGUGGAGAUCAUGUCUAAUUCUUUGUUGAAUUAUCAUUUCCUCAAUCUCGCCCGUGAAUUGGACAUAAUGGAGCCAAAGACACCAGAGGAUGUGUACAAGUCGCAUUUGGAGAAUUCCAGAUCUCCGUUUGGCGGUGGCCAAGUGGAUUCGGCGAGGCAAAAUCUCGCUGCGAGUUUCGUCAAUGGUUUCGUAAACGCGGCUUUCGGCCAGGAUAAACUGUUGGUCGAGGAUGGGAACAAAUGGUUGUACAAGAACAAAGAACACGGAAUGCUCAGUGCCACGGCGUCUCUUGGUCUGAUACUGUUAUGGGACGUUGACGGCGGCUUGACACCAAUAGACAAGUAUCUCUACUCCUCCGAAGACUACAUCAAAUCUGGCGCGCUGUUAGCUUGCGGUCUGGUCAAUUGUCGCGUGAGGAUCGAGUGCGACCCUGCGUUGGCGCUUCUGUCCGACUACGUGUUACACAGCAGCAACACGAUGCGCAUCGGCGCGAUCGUUGGCCUUGGAUUGGCGUACGCCGGCUCGAAUCGUGAGGCUGUCUAUGGUCUUUUAAUCCCCGUACUUAGCGACCCGAAAUCCAGUUGGGAGGUGAUAGGCGUGGCGGGCCUCGCUCUGGGAAUGGUCGCAGUAGGUUCUUGCAAUGCUUAUGUUACAACGACGAUAAUGCACGCCCUGAUGGAGAAGUCCGAGGCAGAUCUAAAAGACACCUACGCGCGAUUUCUACCUCUAGGUCUCGGAUUGUGCUUCUUAGGGAAGCAAGAAGCGGCAGAGGCUAUAAUAGCAGCCCUGGAGAUAGUACCGGAGCCCUUCAAGUCAAUGUCCACGACGUUGGUCGAAGUGUGCGCGUACGCCGGUACCGGAAACGUUCUGAAGAUCCAACAUCUGUUGCACAUUUGCUCCGAACACUAUGAACCAUCCAACGAGAAGGAGGACAAGAGCGACCGCAAAGACAAAGACAAGAAGGAAGAAAAGAAGGAGGAUAAAGCGAAGGACCUCAGCUCGAGGCAGGCAAUCGCGGUACUCGGCAUUGCAUUGAUCGCUAUGGGAGAAGAAAUUGGUGCCGAGAUGGCGUACAGAACGUUUGGCCAUUUGUUGCGCUAUUGCGAGCCUGUUAUCAGACGAUCCGUUCCCCUCGCGCUUGGCCUCAUAUCGGUCUCCAAUCCGAAACUGAAUAUACUCGACACGUUGUCCAAAUUCUCUCACGACAGCGACCCGGAAGUAGCGCACAAUGCAAUUUUCGCGAUGGGUUUGGUCGGAGCCGGGACCAACAACGCAAGACUGGCUGCCAUGCUAAGACAGCUUGCACAGUUUCACGCGAAAGAUCCAAACAAUUUGUUCAUGGUUCGCAUUGCACAGGGUUUGACGCAUCUUGGUAAAGGGACGUUGACACUGUCUCCGUACCACAGUGACAGACAGGUGUUGAGCCCAGUGGCGCUUGCUGGACUUCUAGCCACGCUGAUUGGUUUCCUUGACGUGAAGAACAUUAUUCUGGGUCGUUCUCAUUAUUUAUUGUACACGCUAGCUGUUGCAAUGCAACCAAGGAUGUUAGUGACGUUUGAUGAGAAAUUAAAUCCCUUGGCUGUACCAGUGAGGGUGGGCCUUGCUGUGGACGUCGUAGGCCAAGCGGGAAAGCCAAAAACCAUCACUGGUUUUCAGACUCAUACAACUCCCGUUUUAUUAGCAUACGGUGAAAGAGCAGAACUGGCAACCGAGGAGUAUAUACCUUUGACACCGAUCAUGGAAGGUUUUGUAAUUCUAAGGAAAAACCCAGACUUUAUACCUUAA